UGUCCAUGCUUUUUCGUAAAAAAAAAAGUAUCUUGAAAAAUCUAGGAUAAUUUUUGACCCAACCCAUCCACCUGUGACCCAUCGAAAUCGAACCAAUGAUCAGGUUUCGAAAUUUCGAAUAUGGGUCAAGUAACUAAGAAGAAACCCAUUUGGUUGGGUUAGGAUUCGAACAGAACACCGUCUGCUCUCCGACUCUCUCCCCCUCCAUCUCCGCCAUUUGCAGAGAAGAGAAGGUUCAACUGUUCUAGUGGCGGAGAGUAGCGCUUGCAGCUGCAACUCUAUCUUCUCCACCACUGACGACCUUUUUCCCCGCCAAGUCAGUAUUUCUCUCACGGCCAUCAUCUCUGUUUUCCUCUUUCGCUCCCUCAGACGCUGCGCAAAACGAGAUAAGCAACUGGCUUCAUCAACAGUUGUUCAAGAAGCCAUUUAUGAGAAGGUGAAAUCUGGCACAACAUCAAGUUUAGGUAGUUAAGUGAAACAUGCCCCUAUUGGACAAAAACCUGAAGCCAAAGAGGGAGAAGAGCCUGAAGUUGGUGGAACUAUGAAUAUUUUCCUUUCAAGUGCAACCCUUUAGUGGUUGGUUUUGGCACUCAUAUGCUAGGGUUUAGAAGGAAUGAUUCUCAGUCACCUUUCUUGCAUCUCAGACUUCAUUAACGUUUCUCAAGGUUGACUACCCUGCUUCAUCAAUAUGAAAAUUGCAGUCGAAGGAUGUAUGCAUGGAGAUCUUGACAAUGUAUACUCAACUCUGCUGCAUUUGGAGAAAGUGGAGAAUACAAAGAUUGAUCUUCUCAUCUGCUGUGGUGACUUUCAGCAGGCUGUUAGAAAUGAAACAGACUUGGAAAGCCUUAAUGUGAAGGCCAAAUAUCGGAGCAUGAACUCAUUUUGGAAGUACUACUCAGGAGAAGAAGUAGCUCCAUUUCCAACUAUAUUCAUUGGCGGAAAUCAUGAAGCAUCCAAUUAUCUGUGGGAGCUGUAUUAUGGCGGAUGGGCAGCACCUAACAUAUUUUUCUUGGGAUUCGCUGGUGUGAUCAAAUUUGGCAACAUCCGUAUUGGUGGUCUCUCUGGAAUUUAUAAUGCACGCCAUUAUAAUUUAGGACACUAUGAGAGGCCUCCUUAUAAUGAGAAUGAUAUUCGAUCUAUAUAUCAUGUGCGUGAGUAUGAUGUCUACAAGCUCAUGCAAGUUGAGGAACCGAUUGAUAUUUUUCUUUCACAUGAUUGGCCUGUUGGUAUAACGGACUAUGGAAACUGGAAGGAACUUGUUCGAUUCAAACCUUUUUUUGAGAAAGAGAUUGAGGAAAGAACACUUGGAAGUAAGGCUGCUGCAGACUUGCUAGACAAAUUGAAACCACCUUAUUGGUUUUCAGCUCAUCUCCACUGCAAAUUUGCAGCUUUGGUUCAACAUGGGGAGGAUGGUCCAGUUACAAAAUUUCUUGCACUGGAUAAGUGCCUUCCUGGACGCAAAUUUUUGCAGGUUGUUGAAAUUGAAUCAAAGCCUGGGCCUUAUGAGAUUCAGUAUGAUGAAGAAUGGCUGGCAAUAACAAAGAAUUUUAAUUGUAUCUUCCCUCUAACCAGGAGGCUUGUGCAUUUGGGGAAUCUACAGGUUAACUUGCAAGAUUAUCGCCAGUGGGUCAGAGAUAAGAUAAAAACACGAGGCGCCAAACCUUUUGAUUUUACAAGGACACUUCCAAUCUAUGAUCCCUCUUGUCCGGGGUCUAAUGGUUCUAUUCCUGGACAUCAGCGCAACCCCCAAACAGAAUCCUUAUUGAAGUUUCUGGAACUCCCAUAUGUUCUCGAUAGCACAUCAGAAUCAAAUGUGUUAAUGCAUCUGAUAUCUGCAGAUGCAAAUGAAGUGGCUCUCAAUGAUGAAAAUGAAGAUGCCGAGAUCGAGGAUGUGGAUGAAAUGGAAGAACUUGCAGAAGUUGGUGUUGUGGAUGCUGGGAAUGAUCAAUGAUGGUCAAUAAUGCUCACUGCCACUGCAAUUCUCUUUUAUAUGUUUGAUGGCUGAGUUUAGUCAAGUUUAGGGUUAACUCCUAACAAAUCACAUUAUAUUGAGAGCUUUUAUCAUAUAUUAGGAGUUGAAUUACCAGUAUUUACUUAUAAAAAAAAUUACCUGUAUUUUUUUUAUAGAAAUACUGUAUAUUUUAGAUUAAAACAGUAAUCCAGGACCUCCAGGUCUCCAUGACCCUUGGUUACAUGAAGAUGUUUGGUAUUUAGAUAGAUUUCAUGGGAA